GAGCUUUAAAUAUCUUAAAUAAAAUGGCUACUAGAGGAAAGAAGAGAGUCCGGAGCCACUCUGAAACUGACAAAGAGCACAUACCUUUUGCUAAGAGAAUGAAAAUAGACGAAGAAGAGAACAAAUACUCAUCCUACCAGAAAAUUGAGCAUGACUCUCAGUCAGAUAAUGAACAUGAUCAAUUCCCUGUGAGGAAGAAUGGAAGGACUCUUCACCUGAACGUAAUAAGAGGGGAUGUUGCCAAUAGAAUUCUGAGUGUUGGAGACUCUGCAAGAGCAAUGAAGAUCUCGAAGUUCUUUGAUGAUCCUGACAAGGUUAGAGUCGUAUCUUCAGAUACAAUGUUUAAGGUGUUCACAGGAACAUUCAAAGGAGUCCCACUGUCUAUUGUUGCUACAGGAAUGGGAUAUGCAAUGAUUGAUUUCGUAGUGAGAGAGAUCAGACAUGUGGUCCAAGGUCCUCUUGCUAUGAUCAGGCUAGGAACUUGCGGAGUAGUUCAUCCAGACUAUGAAGCCGGUCAGCUUCUCAUUGCAACCAAAGGAUCUACCUUUAUCCAAACUAAUCGUGAUGAGAUUAUUAAAGGAAAUGUAGAGAAUGCUUACUCAUUUUCUCCUCCUGUGAAGGCGGAUAUUCCUUUAUCAAGCUUGAUGGUGUGCAAUCUUAGAAAUGCUCUUGGAAAUGAUAAAGUAAAGCAAGUGAUGAAUUGAUCUGCAGACUCAUUUUAUUGUUCAGAAGGAAGAAUAGAUCCAAAUUUCAAUGAUUUAAAUGACACAUUGAUCGACGAUCUCAGAGAGAAAUUCCCAGAUGUCGCAUCUCUUGAGAUGGAGUCCUUCGGGCUUCUAAGUCUUGCAACCAAAGAUAUGCACUGCUCUUCCUGUGCUAUUGGAUUAGCAAAAGAUAGAUUCUGCACACCAACAGAGCUGAAGGGCAUCGAAAACAUGGCUGGCUUAGGAAUCUUAAAGACCUUGGCAGCAUUCCAAUUCCCAGAAGGAGAGCCAGAUUACACUGAUGAAGUUGGGCAGAUCCUCCAGGACUAUGCUGAUGAAGUUGAUGCAGAAAGCUCCUCAAAUGAGUAACCCAGACACCUAUACUCUUGCUUCUUGAUAA